AUGUCGGAGUCACCCCUGACUUUGGCGUGGGUUGAUGCCCACCUUAAACGACGUGGAAUGCUGAGCAAAUAUGCACCGGGGCCAACGGUGAGCACAGGGGCAGUUUCAGGCGGACCACUUGACGGGCCGUGUGGGGCAACGCCACGCUCAAAGGAAUUUGCGCCGCCGGUGGAGGAGAUACUUGCCGCGGUAGGUCACCAACUGCUUUCUAGAGGCAGGCAUCAAUCGAUUUCAUUGAGUAGGGACGGAUCACAGAACACCAAGGUAAAGGAUCGUAGAGACCCCAGGGGUGCUGAUUCCCUCAUUCAGUCGCAGCGAGCAACGCCGCAGCGCGUGGCUUCCGGCGUGGCAUCGUUUGUGGAGCAGCAGGCGGAACGUACAGGCACCUUAAAUGGCCCCACGCAGGCAUGCUUUGUACUGCACACCGUUCUCACUGCUUGUGUGCGACAUGCACUUCGAUACAGUUGUCUUAACUCGUAUAGUGACAUUGCCCCUUUUGAUUUUCCUGCAUAUUCUUCUGCUGCCAUGGCCAAUGCCGUGACAGCAGCUGAGGGUACGAUCAUGAGUAAGUGUGGGGCAGUGCGUGACAUGGUGGCAUCCUCAUCACAGAUUAAUUUUCCGUGGUCGGCACGCGUGGCAUCAGAGCACUUACUAGAGGUCAUGCAAGACGCUGCCGCACAAAAGGGUUUACGCUCCCUUCUGUGGAAGGUCGUGGACAAGGAACACAAAGGCAUCCUGCGUAACGUUGUGACGCUGUGCUCGAAUGCAUCCAGCCCGUUGUCUGACGUUGGUGUGGAGGAGGCGGCGGUGCGGAGGCUGUUUAGCAUCUCAGAGGAUGCUUUGGCGGCGGCACGUGCGUUUCUUGAUUGCCUCUUAUCAUCCUUUCCCACGGAUUCUGCGGUGGCGGCGGCGUCCUUGCAGUGCCAGCGUCAGUUGUCACUUUUGAGUGAGCACCAUUUUGUGUACACGACGACGUCGGCGCGUCUCGCGGCGUUGCUAAGCAAGGAGAUGUCUAAGGUGAAACUUGUGGUGCAGGAAGGAGCCAAGGCGAGGGCGAGCGUGGAGGGCGGUUUGGCGUCGCCUAACGAGUUUGCGCGGCAGUUGACGUUGCUGCUUUUGGAGAUGACGCGUGUCCGCAUGGCGUUGGUGGUUCUUCUGCAGUUUGAGAUUCUCCUCCGACGCUGUGCGGCAGCAGGCAGGCAACAACCUCCCGAUGACACCGCUGCGGUGUUCUUGCCGUCCGCUUCUCCCGCCUCGCUGGCGCAGGAGUUGUGUGCAUUGGCCACGGCUGCUGGGUCUCGGGCGCUGGAGACGCGGCCGCAUCGCAGGCGCUUCGUCACACACUUCCGUCUUCUGGUGCCCCCACCCGAGCAAAGGCGGUCCAGCGAUUCACACCACGUGGAUACACCGUACUACAGCCUCAAGUCUGUGUUUGCUGCACUCUCCCAGGCAGCGGCAACCACCGCGGCAACGGUGAAGCCGGCAGACUUUGGUGGAGGUGUGCCACCGACGACUCCCUCUACCCCCGUCUCGGGGUUGCCUGCGACAGCCGGAGUGUCAGAGGACUUAGUUGAAAACGACCCGGUGAUGCGUGCGGUGAUGUCAUCGGUUCCGUUAAAAACGGGGGAGCCAGCAGGCCGCCACGGCUCUACGCCUCCACACACGUCAUUGAGGCCCUCUUCCGCCACCGGGACAAGGGCUCCUUUCGCCCAAACGACGAACCAGAGGUGGGAGCGUGCACGCGAAGAGUUGUCGACACAGGCACUUGAACAGCAGACCGACUUAACGUGGCACUUUCGUUGCUGUGGGGAGAAAUUGGGGGUGACAUUCAAUGCGAUUAACGCACCACCAUGCGGUGAGACGGACGUGAAGGUGCAGCUGCUGCGCCCAUCAAUACACGUUCCGUGGCCGUUCCUUUUGGAGGUGGCUUCAGCCGACAUGAGGCUCCACGACGGUGUCACGACUACUCCCCUUCGACCUAGUGCUUCGGAAACGUCUGCAGCCUCCCUGACGACUGCGACGGUGCGGAUGCGCUACAAUUCUGUAUGGAGCACAGCUGCAAGCAUGCUCACUCCUCUUGACACGCAGCACGCCGCGUGUCUGCAGCGUCUGCUCGCACAUCGCCAUAAUCGUCUGCUGACGCUGAACGGGUGCCCCGCUGAGAAGCUGAAGUCGGUGAUGCGUAUUGCAGCACAGAGUGUGCGCCUGGUGGUGCGUUUUCGGUAA